UCCGUCCACCUUGACGACCCACCCCCGGUUAACCGCUCUCCUUAUAAUUCCAUCAGAGGCGCUUCAUCACCUUCACUCCAUCAACCUGUCUUUUCUUCCCCGCCGUCCAGCCCCGUCAGUAACACCAUUUUCUAAACACUUGAAUUUCAAGGAGGGAAAAAUGGCCAGCAGCUUCACGAGAAUCCUCUCCUCCAAGAGAAACGUCGGAAUCCUCUCGUUGGUCGGAGGCUCCGUAGCGGCUGGGUUUCUGCUCCAUCGGGAACAUGUCACCGCCGGAGAGCCUCUGCGCAGGAGAUACCCCGCCAGCGCGGAGUACCCUGACCUGCGCAAACACAACAACUGCAUGGCCAGCAGCCUGACACCGGCCAUCUACGCCAAGCUGUGCGAUAAGGCCACGCCCAACGGUUACACGCUGGACCAGGCCAUCCAGACGGGCGUGGACAACCCGGGCCACCCCUUCAUCAAAACCGUUGGCCUGGUAGCAGGAGACGAGGAGUCCUAUGAGGUGUUUGCAGAACUCUUGGAUCCUGUCAUCAAAGAGAGGCACAAUGGCUACGAUCCCCGUGCAAUGAAACACCCCACUGACCUGAAUGCCAGCAAGAUCCAGUCCGGUGUUUUCGAUGAGCGCUACGUGCUGUCGUCCAGGGUGAGGACCGGCCGCAGCAUCCGGGGCCUGAGCCUGCCCCCCGCCUGCACCCGGGCGGAGCGCCGAGAGGUGGAACGGGUGGUGGUGGACGCCCUGUCUGGGCUGAAGGAAGACCUGACCGGAAAAUACUACAGUCUUACUCUGAUGACAGAGCAGGAGCAACAGCAGCUCAUUGAUGAUCACUUCCUGUUCGACAAACCUGUGUCACCACUCCUGACCUGCGCCGGCAUGGCCCGUGAUUGGCCCGACGGCCGCGGUAUUUGGCACAACAAUGAGAAGACCUUUUUGAUUUGGAUCAAUGAGGAGGAUCACACCAGAGUGAUCUCCAUGGAGAAGGGAGGCAACAUGAAAAGGGUCUUUGAGAGAUUCUGCAGAGGCCUCAAGGAGGUGGAGCGGCUGAUCCAGGAGAGAGGCUGGGAGUUCAUGUGGAACGAGAGGCUCGGCUACAUCCUGACGUGCCCCUCCAACCUGGGGACUGGACUCAGGGCCGGCGUCCACGUUAAGCUGCCCCGACUAAGCAAGGAUCCGCGCUUCAGUAAAAUCCUGGACAAUCUGCGCCUGCAGAAGCGUGGGACGGGCGGCGUGGACACGGCGGCUGUAGGCGGCGUGUUUGACAUCUCCAACCUGGACCGCCUGGGACAGUCUGAGGUCCAGCUGGUGCAGACUGUGAUUGAUGGCGUCAACUACCUAAUUGAGUGCGAGAAGCGGCUGGAGAAAGGCCAGGACAUCAAGGUGCCAGCACCCAUUAAGCAGUUCAAGUAGACACUGGUCCCUUCACCGCUGCACACAAACCUCCGGGCACACACACACACACACACCCAGCCGUGUGCCCAUAGAUAUUUCCAAAAGAUAUCUAUGUUGUCGCCUCAUUAAUAAUUAUUAUUAUUACUCUACCAUCACUAUGCUACCUAUCUAAUCAACCACCCCGUCCCUGCUCCUCAGUAUACUCUAUAAUUUCAUCUGUAUAUGUAAUAUGUAACCGUCUGGCUGAUAACAUCCCAGAACUUCAUCAGACUCAGAACGCUCCGAGCUCAGAUCGUAAUCUUGCUCUGACAGGAUAAAAGUGAUUUAUAGAGUUAUGGAAGCUGUGGGGCUGUUUUAUUAAAGCAAAAGAAAAAUAAUCAGCUUCUCUGCAUGGCCAAAAAUUUAAAAAAAAAAUCAACAACUCUCCCUUUCCCAUUACUCCCACCUUUACUCAGCCGCACGUCCUGCACUCUGCCCCCCGUCACUGCCCUCUCCCUUCUGCGUGGUGAUUUCCCUUCCUACCUGGCGCUUGUGUAGUCCCAUACAUCCGUGCUCCAUCCUCCAUUGUGGAAUGUGUGUACAUAGUUUCUUUUCAGACGUUUGAUGAUUUAUUUUGAAUGUAGAUUUUAUGGGGGUUUUUCCAAGCGGAAGGCUGGAGAGACUUUUGUUUUCUCCAGCAGACGUGUUCGUCGGGUUCUAAUGUUCCGAACACACACUUGGCCGGGUCGGGCUCCGUACUGUAAGCUCCUGAAGCAAUAUCGUUUGAGCCAUAACAGAUUGUCACACUGUCAUGCCUUUUAUUAAACAAAUCAUCUAUUUAACAGUA